GCGGUAGCGCACCAGCAGGUCGUGGGUUCAAUUCCCUAGUGAGCUCUUUUUUCCUUCAUAGCUACAGCAUCGUUCGGAUAGGCCACGUUCGCAAAUGAAUUUCUUGUACGCGCGGAUGCUUCGGCAGGCGCAGGACCUCCGCUGCAGCUAAUCACCGAGGCGCAUAAGAAAAGCUAUUUCGACGCUGCAAAAAUAAUUUAGCGCGGCGGGCGUUGCGCGUCUUGUUGGAGUCUUGGAGAUGCUCUAAUGGCGCCCGGUGCCGCUCGGCGGGAAUUCGUCGAGAAGGCAGAAGGCCGGCGGCCGCGGAAUGUGGCCACCGUCGUGUGUACGGUAGUGGGCGAAAUGGAGGGGAAGGGAUCGAUUGUUAGACGAGGGCCGAGGAGCCGGAGGAGGCGACCCCGGGAUGGAUGGGACCAACGCUUCUCGCGGUCACAUCGGGCGGAGGUUGGUCGCGCUCGGCGCAGGCCAUGGUCGGAUACGCGGAGGAGCUAAGCCUGCCACAGGCAGCUCGCCGUGGAAGGGCAGAUGCGGAUCUGGCCUCUGCCAUCCACCAUUUUGUGAGCUAGUACUACGCCAGACAGGCUCAAGUAAACAUCCACCUCCAUGCUAAGCCAGUUGAGAUAUAAAGUGAUGUAGUGCUUCAUUUGGAGAUGAGAGAACUGCAUUUGCUUGUGGAGAUUAGCUAGCAACAUGGAGAGAGUAGCAAGUAGGCAAAUGCCCUUCCCAGCUGUGGUUGCCGCGGUGCUGCUGGAGCUACUAAGUGCAGUGGUGACAGCAGCAGGAUGCAGUACAAGUUGUGGUAACAUCAGCAUCCCUUAUCCAUUCGGCAUCGAGCCUGAUUGCUACCAUGAGGGCUUUAAUCUCACCUGUGACUACUUGUACCGCCCUCCCAAACUUUUCCUUGGCGAUGGCACUGUCGAAGUGCUCGAGAUCUCCAUCCCCAACGGCACGGUUCGCAUCAACAGCACCAAUAUCAUGCCAAUGAGUCAUGAUAUUGACGGUGCAUCCAGGCCCAACACAAGCAGGUACCACACAUGGGGUGGCCUCAGAGAGAGAGGACCGUUCUUUGUUGCGCCGGAUAGGAACGAGUUCCUUGUGUUGUCGUGCAACAACAUCCAAGUCAUCCUCAUGGGAGAGGACAACUCCACCAUCAAUGCCUGCGCCACUUACUGCCCAUCCUUGGGGAACUCAGACGCACAGCCUCAGCUUAUCCGGUAUCUACUUCUGCAUGGUGAAUGCUCGGGCCUUGGCUGCUGUAAUGGAGGCAUCCCAAAAGGUUACACUUCCUACCACAUCCAGCUCCAGCCUUCCAAUGACUCGAGCUCCGAUGCUAAAUCGUCAGUAUAUAUAGCCGAGGAGGGGUCCUAUAACAUCUCAAAACUCAUGUCGGAACCUCGCGGUGUGGCACUUCCUGCCUUGCUAGACUGGGUGAUCAGCAAUUCAUCAUGCCAAAAGCAAAACUCUGUUGCUCCUGGAUGCCGCAGCAGCAACAGCUUUUGUCAAAACUACACAAGCUAUGUCUACAAUGGCUACCAGUGCCGCUGCUCUGCCGGUUAUCGUGGAAACCCUUACAUCCUGGACGGAUGCCAAGAUAUUGAUGAAUGUGUUCAUAAGGAAGCCCACUCAUGCCAUGGAAUUUGCGAAAAUACGCCUGGAACGUUUUACUGCCGCUGCCCUGAUGGGACAUAUGGGAACCCCUCUAUAGAAGGGGGGUGUAUCAAGAUCACAAAUUACUCUGCAGGUUUAAUCAUAGGCAUAGUAAUCAGCGGUGUCUCAAUUUUGCUUCUGGCACUUAGCGCUCCAUUUGUUACACGUAUGGUGAAGCUAAGGAAGGUGAAGAAAAUGAGAGAAAAGUUAUUCAACCAAAAUCAUGGGUUGCUAUUGCAGCAGUUAAUAUCACAAAAGGCAGAUAUUGGUGAAAGGAUGAUGUUUACCUUGGGGGAUAUAGAGAAGGCCACAAACAAUUUUGACAAGUCUCGUGAGGUUGGUGGCGGCGGACAUGGUGUCGUGUAUAAAGGAAUUCUAGACCUACAUGUUGUUGCCAUCAAGAAAUCAAAGAUUGUAGUACAAAGGGAAAUCGAUGAAUUCAUCAAUGAGGUUGCUAUUCUUUCUCAAAUCAACCAUAGAAAUGUGGUGAAGCUCCUGGGAUGCUGCCUUGAGACAGAAGUGCCUCUAUUGGUUUAUGAGUUCAUUUCAAAUGGAACCCUAUACCACCAUCUUCAUGUUGAAGGACCAAAAUCACUAUCAUGGGAUGAUCGUUUAAGGAUUGCACUUGAGAUUGCUAGAGCUCUAGCCUAUCUGCACUCGGCUACUUCAAUGCCCAUAUUUCAUAGAGAUAUCAAGUCCUCCAACAUACUUCUGGAUGAGAGCUUAAUAGCAAAGGUGUCAGAUUUUGGAGCCUCAAGGUACAUCCCAAUUGAUCAAACGGCAGUGAUGACAGCUGUUCAAGGAACACUUGGUUAUUUAGACCCCAUGUACUAUUACACAGGUCGACUAACAGACAAGAGCGAUGUUUUCAGUUUCGGCGUUCUCCUUAUAGAAUUGCUAACCAGGAAGAAACCGUAUGUGUACAGAUCAGAUAAUGAUGCCGGCCUUGUAGCACAUUUUGUCUCAUCACUCAAAAAAGGCGACCUUGCUGACAUAGUAGACCCGCAAGUCAUGGAAGAAGAAGACGAUGGAGAGCUCCAAGAAGUAGCCAUGCUAGCGGCGAUGUGCACGAGAUUGGAAGGAGAGAGCCGACCAACAAUGAAGGAAGUGGAGAUGGCCCUUGAAAAUUUGCGAGCCAGGAAGAAGCCUGCUCCAUGUAAUUCAGCAGCAAUGAGAUACGACGGCGAUCAGAUUGUUGUGCAGUAUAAUUCAAUUGAAGAUUUACUCGCCAAGAAGGAUAUGCCCGUUGAAGGGGGUGCCGAGGAAUCGAGCAGACAAUACACUAUGGAAGAGGAAAUCAUGCUGUCAGCAAGGUACCCCAGAUGAUAUCUUUUGGGCCUGAACAAAGGAGAAGGCUCUGUUUGUAUGACAAUGAGCAGAUGUUCUUCAUAUUGACACGCUUCGAGGCAUGCUCGAGAGAAAAAUGUGCAAAUAUUCCUGCAUUAUUGUGCUGAAGUCACGAAUUUGAUAGUUUUUCUGUACCGACAGUUUUGCGUGCAUGAAUUCCAUUAGACCUGUGUUUUUGUUUAUGUCAAUUAAAUCGGGUCUCACUA